AUGACUGACCCAAAGGUCCCUCAGCCGGGGCCAGCGAAACUGAAGCGCAAUGCAGGACCGGACGAGUGGUUAGAAGCGGCCAAGGACUGCAAAUACCUCUCAGAGUCACAUAUGAAGCAGCUCUGUGAGAUCGUGAAAGAGUUCAUGAUGGAAGAAUCCAAUAUUCAGCCGGUAUCGACCCCCGUCACAGUCUGCGGAGAUAUCCACGGCCAAUUCUACGACCUCUUAGAGUUAUUUCGCGUCUCCGGAGGGAUGCCCGACGCGUCCCUCGCCGAACCCCCGAAGACUUCCUCUACCGUGAUUACAUCGGACGACAUCGAGCCGCCGACUACCAUAACAGACCCCGAGUUGCGGAAGAAGCUGGGAAAGCCAGCGUCUGCAGACGAUGGUGAGAACGCUGGGAAAAGAGGACGGUCUUCAAGUUCAGGGGCGACGGAAAUAGCUGUCAACCGCAACUUUGUGUUCCUCGGCGAUUAUGUGGACCGCGGAUAUUUCAGUUUGGAGACCCUGACUUUAUUGCUGUGUCUAAAAGCCAAGUACCCCGACCGAGUAACGCUGGUUCGCGGCAAUCACGAGUCCCGACAAAUUACACAGGUCUAUGGUUUCUACGAAGAGUGCUUGCAGAAGUACGGGAAUGCCUCUGUAUGGAAGGCUUGUUGCCAAGUGUUUGACUUUAUGACCCUUGGUGCUAUUAUCGAUGGUCGGGUACUGUGUGUUCAUGGAGGAUUGAGCCCGGAAAUCAGGACUCUGGACCAAGUACGGGUGGUGGCCAGAGCCCAAGAGAUUCCACACGAGGGUGCGUUCUGUGACCUGGUGUGGUCGGAUCCAGAUGACGUUGAGACCUGGGCUGUCAGUCCUCGAGGAGCCGGCUGGCUAUUCGGUGACAAGGUAGCAGACGAGUUCUGCCACGUGAACGACCUAACACUCAUUGCGCGAGCCCAUCAGCUUGUAAACGAGGGGUACAAGUACCACUUCGCGAACAACAACGUGGUUACCGUUUGGAGUGCACCCAACUACUGCUACCGCUGUGGAAACUUGGCGUCCGUGUGCGAGAUCAACGACGACCUGAAACCGACAUUCAAACUCUUCAGUGCUGUUGCUGACGACCAACGACAUGUUCCGCAAACUCGAGGAGGGCGCAGCGAGUACUUUUUGUAA